CAAAACAUUCCUACUUUCGUCCGAAUAGUCCACAAGCUAUGGUCUUUCCAGGGCUUUUCGCCCAAUCUUGCUCAAUUUUGAGUUGAACCAUAUAUAAAAUGGUUUCAUGUUAUCGCGAUAUUAUCAAAGCGGGAAUCAAUAUGGGAACAAAUAUAGGUUUCAAGUUCAACCUACGUAUGGGUAAUAGACCCAGUCCUCAUUUCCACUCCAUGAACCAACGUUGCUCGGCUCAAAUUGGCCCUAUAUCUGUCUAUUUCUGCUCUGGCUUUACAGAUAGAUGGAGGUAUGCACAUACGAGAUAGCGAUGUGCUAUUAUGCAAACCUUCGCCUCACAUAUACAUGUACACAUAACAUAGAUUUGGCUGCUCCUGUGUCGUCUUUUGUGCUUGAAUUACGAAUAGAGAGUCAGCCUUAGAUGAACUCUAAGUUUGGUAUCUGACUCAAGAGUGUAAGUAUAGAGGAAAGCUUAUGAAAUGAACACUAAUGUCCGGAGAAUUCGGCAUGCUACUCGAGGCAUGUGAUAUGAGAGGAGCACCGAGCAUAAGUUUAUUCCAUCUUUUGGGUUAACGUUCACAAGUUCUUAAUAAGGAUAAGAUUUGGAUCUCAUUGGCUUCGGAAUUUCGGAAGUGGAUGGAAAUCCAGGAGACGAUGUAUCGUCUUAACUCUUAGCUUUCCGGCCUUUGACGAAUUGACAAAAAUACAAGUCAAGGUGCCAAUUCGUUCACGGGAAAUCUCGUAGAAACCAUCUUUUACAAGAAAGAAACUUGACCGGAGAAGAUAUUCCGUUCACACCACGUAUGUCCGGUUUGUGGUCCGAUUCGCGACGAUGCCAACGCGGGCCAAUACAUUGAUUGUUGGUGAUGUAUUGAAUGGAUCUCACUGGCAUGUGCGGCACCAAGUCAACGUAGAAGCGAAGUUAUGGUUUGAAGACAUACUGAAAUUCUCUGGAUAUUUGAGGUUGGAACAUCACCUCGUUUUAGCGUCGACACAUUCAAAGCUUUUUCAGUUGAGGGUCUCAAAGUUAUGGAAAACGCUUUCUUCAUCACUCUAUCGUGUUGUAGCAGACUGGCACUCUGACAAUCUGGCACGCAUACAUAUUCAGUUGUGGAGAUUGGCAUUUGCAACUAAUACACGCGCAUUUCCAGGUAUUGGAGGUUGUUCGUUUGUUCCUUUACAGGUAUGCUGGAUCUUCAGUGAGAUCAAGUAAUGCCCUGCCUUAGUCAGACAUAUCGCAGGUGUAGUUCUUGGGACUAUGACUUACAUAUACAUCAGCUACUCCGGGACUUCCUAUUGAUCAAGGCCACAGCAACUCUCUGGUCACGAGUUCAUCUCAUGCUUAUGUCCAAUCAACGAUCCCACUAUUUUUACACCUGUAAUCUAUUGUUUACUUCAUUCAACACGACUCAAAUCCAUUCGGUCUGAUGUAUCCGCAGCCAAACAAGUGUUGUGAGUGUUAUGAGCAAGAUCAAUCGAGUCGUAAUAGGGAUAAGCUCGACUUUAAAUGGAGAAUUGUCUUCGUGGUAGCUUUCACAACGGGCCCUGCAGCCCUUCCACGAAGCCCAGUUGGAGGAGGUAGAGCUUCUGAGAACCCUCAACAGACUGGCAUUUUGCUUUCGCAAUUUUAAUGCACAGUUUUCCACAGUUACGUUCUCUUGAAUGCGAGUCCUUCAUAUACAAGUCCAUCACACUAUUUCGAUCCAAAUUGUACAACUACUGCCCUCAGAUAUACGAGCCGAGACAGGUCACCUCUCCCCCUGGUUCCAUGGCACUUGGCUAUGAUCAGAGGUUACAAAUGUCCUUUAACCACUUGCAUGAGGAUUGAAAAUUUUACACCGCAUUAACUAGAGGGGCAUCAAGACAUUGCUUAUACGAGAAAGGAUCGUUUCUGCAUCACAGCAAAGCCGGCUGAUCAUUUGCUCAUGUUACUAGCAGUUCUUCGACAUCAUUACAACGUGGAUGAAGACAAUUCUGGCACACUGUGGUGUUCUGCAGUGCUUCUGUCACGAGAGUAAGUGUAUAUUUUUCCAGACUCGAUCAAAGUAAGCAAUAUGACAUUGGACCUGGAGUCAGAAAACUGAAACAUGCACGAAUGGAGUUUCAAAGACCUGUAGUCUUACAGAGAGCAAGAAUUCCGAUAUGAAAUGUAUCGGAGAAAUCCUUUGCGUGCAGGGGAGUUCGCAAACUGCGACAAAAGGAGUUAGUUCAGUCAAUCUGGACCACUAUUUUGGACAUUCUCAGGGUCACGUGCCUUUAUUUCCAUCAUGUUUGCUUUUGAAAUGCGGAGACUCCAUUUCGAAAAUUACGAAUUAUCUUAAGCCCCCCCUUGUUCGUUAUUGUGGUCGAAAGAUUGUGGCGACACAAAACCGUGCCCUGCACGUAGAGCCAUCACACCAUUGACACUUACUCUUCUUGGGGUAGGUUGCGCGAGUUUCCUCCUCCAGAAAGUGCUCUUUUCCGUUCUCCUUGAUCAUAAAGUGAACGUGCUUUAUGGCUAGAUAGAUAAGAAAUAUGCCGUGCCGCCACUCGCGGGUCGUAAAAGCAAACUUUGUUUAAAGUAGCACCAAGGCUAUGAAAGUCUGCAGGAAUCUAUAAGCAUCCAGAUCUUCCGUCGAACUCUGGAGUGAGCUUUAAAUUGUUAAGUAUCUACAAUGUCUUUCACAACACCAAUUUAUCCAGGUAUUAACCUCGAAGCCAACGAAGGACCUCUAUUGAGAGCGGUAUCAAUUGCUUUCAUCGCCUUGACUGUGUGUACUAUUGCCAUCCGCUUUUUUUCCCGCUGGUACACCAAAAUCCCCCUGGGCUUAGACGAAUUGUUUAUUCUCAUUGCAGCAAUCCAGAUCCUCUCAAUUGUCUAUACAGCAGUCAUAAUCGUUGAAGUUAACAGUAACUUCUACGGACAACACGUUCACAAAUCAGAUCCGGAACAUCUUGAGGCUUAUCUGAAAGGCCUAUAUGCUUUGGCACUUCUCUAUUCCAUCGCUCUUAGCACGAGCAAAUUGUCUCUAUUAGCGCUUUACUGGAGAGUAUUCGCUGUCACUGGCGGGAAGGUACCUAUUAUUUUCGCCACUGCAAUCAAUGGGGCGUGGGGUAUUGCUGCUCUCGUUGUGGGAAUUCUCUCAUGUCGUCCCAUAGAAGCUUUUUGGAACAUUACGAUUACCGCAAAAUGCAUCGAUUACCCUGUCUUCUUUACUUCCAAUGAAGCGUUUACGAUUGCAUUUAAUGUUGUGGUUCUAUCAAUCCCAGUUUGGUUCAUUGCGCAAAUCAAGAGAAGUAUAGGGGAGCGGAUUACUAUUAGCAGCACUUUUUUGUUGGGGCUUGUGGUAACGGUAGUAUCGGCAAUUCGACUAUGGCGGUUGGUUGUUGCGCAAAGAUUGCCGGGCUUUGAUCCUACUUUCCACGAAGUAGACGCCGGUCUAUGGGCAAUAGUCGAACUCAACCUCUGGAUUCUCGUCGCCUCGAUUCCGACUUUCCGCCCCUUGCUCGGCCAAAUGUGGCGCGAUUACUCUGAGAAGACAAAUCGAAGCGGUAGUGAAGAAUCCCCUGAAUACCCUCUCAGCAGAACAAGAAGUACUGGUACUUUAUUUCCCAGACAACAUCGAGACAUGGACUUAGAUACCGAGCCCGUAUUUGGAUUCGACGAGGCGAAGAGAAACUCGGGAAACCCAUCGGAGAUCGAGCGGCAUGGAAGAAAUGGUAGUUUGGGGACGGGGCUUAGUGGGGAGACCGGAUUUGGAGAGAGCCUGGGCAUAGAGACGGACAUUGAGGGGUGGAGAAAUGCUUAUGGAUAUGCUUCUCAGAAGGGUGGGGGUAGGGUGGGAGAAAAACAGAGGUGGAGUAAUGGGAUGAAGGAUUUGGCGGGGAUAAAGGUGCAGAAGGAAAGAGAUGUUAGGAGAGAUGCAGGGGAUUGA